UCUGAAGAAUGCCCCAGUGUUGCCAUUGGAGCAUAGCAAUCCAGCGGUGAACCUUCAGAAAUAGAUAUCGAACAACAUAGCCUACCGGUCCAUUCCUACUUCUUCCUAAAUUCCUAAAUUAUAUACUGCAUGCGCGUUGUGUUGAUGUUUUUAGAGGACUAAAACCAAGAAAGAAACAUAUUUGGUAAAAAAAAAAUCGAGAAAAGAAAAGAGAAAAGAAAGAAAGAAAAAAAAAGAAAGGUCUUCACUUCUGUUCCAAGCAUCAGUGUGGGAAUAUAGGUGUGUAUCCUCUGUAUUACGCAUGUGUGCGUGUGUAUGAGACGAAGGGAGGGAGGGAGGCAGGGAGAGAGAGAGAGAGAGAGAAAAGUAUGCAUUAAUAGCAGAAAUGGUCGCCUUGUAACGAAGGACUUGCUAGCAACAACAAAACCUCGUGAAGUUUGUAAUCUUUGAAGGAUAGCUGAAGAGACGCCGGGAGGCCGACAUUGUCAAACAGCUCAUGAAGUACAAAGAAAUGAUUGUUGGGUGAGCACCUCGGGUCCUCGUGCACAUCUUGGCGACAAAAUGUCGUAUAAACUUUCAUUUAGCCACAAGAACCGAUAAAUUUGGAGUGCAGUUGACAAAACAGCAUACUAGCUAAUUAAAAAAAUCAGCUGAAAUCAACGAUCAGCUUCGUAUUUUGUCUCAGGUGCUCGCGGCCAUGGCUCACUCACGCUCUGGAAUCCACUUCUUUCUUCUACCUGUGGCUAUCAGUGUUUGGUCUCUAGCUAGUGCCCAGGGGGUCAAUUCAACUCCUCCCCAGGGUUGUGGACCCAACGUGGGAUCCCUCUACUACAACCUCUGUGAUCUCAGGGCAGCCUGGGGCAUUGUAUUGGAGGCUUUCUCCGCAGCUGGUGUCGUUGGCUCCCUGAUCCUCCUGAUUGUCCUUCUGGCCAGUCAGCCUUUUGUGGCAGACAAGAAACGCCGCAGUUUUGUGGGCCUCCACAUAGGGUUCCUCAUCUGUACGCUUGGGCUUUUUGCCUUGACCUUCGCUUUCAUCGUAGGCAAGGAUUUCUCCACAUGUGCUUCAAGGCGUUUUUUGUUUGGCGUGCUGUUUGCUGGCUGUUUUGCAUGCCUUCUGAUGCAGUGUGUGAAGCUGAACGUGAAGGCCAGACGACACUCCCCGCCUAAGGCCUGGGUGUUGUGUCUUGGUGCGUUGGCACUCUGGUUGGUGGAGGUGAUCAUCAACACAGAGUGGUUAAUCAUUACUAUAGUGCGGUACCCAAUCAACACCACUGCAAACGCAGUGCCCUGCAACAUUGCCAACCAGGACUUUGUGAUGGCUCUGAUUUACGUGAUGAACCUUCUGCUGGCUGUUGUGGUUGGGGCCAUGCCCACCCUGGUGGCGAGGCACAAACGCUGGCGUAAGGAAGGUGCCUUCAUCCUGAUCACGGGGCUUCUCUCCGUUGGCAUCUGGGUGGCGUGGAUCGUCAUGUACAUCUACGGAAAUGGUGUUCACGGAAAUCCGACGUGGGAUGACCCUACGCUGGCCAUAGCCCUGGUGGCCAAUGCUUGGGUGUUCUUACUGCUCCACACUAUCCCGGAGCUCUGUACCCUCAAUGAGGAAGAGGACGGCUCAGCAGCGGUGGCGGGGAACCUGUACCCCAGCCGGGACGUGGGCUAUGAGACCAUCCUGAAGGAGCAGAGUUCCCAGAGUAUGUUUAUGGAGAACAAAGCAUUCUCCAUGGAUGAACCCACUGCAGGUAACAAGCCUGUGUCCCCAUACAGUGGCUACAACGGCCAACUGCGCAGUUCCGUGUACCAGCCUACAGAGCUAGCCCUCAUCACCAAGGGAGUGGGCAAUCAGCAGCAGCAGCCGGCGGUACUGUCGUAUGACGUAGUGAUCCCACGGGCCUCGACAGGGACUCCCCAGGCCCAGAGUGGCCGCAGCAGCCCCUCAACGCAACCCGACGACACCCCACUCAGUCAGCCACACAACCUGAGCGGUAACGGUGUGCAGAGAAAACCGCAGUGGUGAUCCCACAGAGCUCCUCCUUUCACAUUCUGACUCUUGAUUACACUUCACUGGAAACCAUGAAUCUGGGACUUGGUCAAAGAGACUGGUAGGCCCAGGCUUGGUGUGAAUGGACAACCUGAAGCCAUUUUCCCCAGCACUGGGGUCACAAUACAGCCACUUCCCUCCAUUUAUCAGGACAAUGAAUAUGUAUGUGAAUAGGGGGAAGGCUCUGCACACACAACAUGACACUGACAAAAUAAAACCAAAUGAAAUGUUUGUGGACGGGUCACUUUCUGGAAUGUUGCCUCAUGAACAUUAAUGUUAUUGACCAAUCCCAUGGAUGGAUGGACAGUCUGCGGAACCUUCCAGAACUUUUAGGAAUGACACUCAAAAUCUGAUUACAUGUCACUUAUUGUAUUAAGGACAUUCUGGAAAUCAAACAUCUUUUCUUUAUAAUCUAUAAACACUUGUAGAUUUAGAUACUGAGAAAGCACAUGCAUGUAUACAAAAGGCUUAAUGUGAGUGUAAUGCGUCCAGCCCACAGUCACAACAAUCUAUGGACUACAAUGUAUGAUUAAUUGAUAUUGGAUCAAUGAAUAUUUAAGUGAUUGGUGUAAUGUUUUACACUCUUGUUAAGUUUGAAUGUAUCAAAUAUUAAAACUUUGUUUGUACAGAAUUUAUUUGAUUCUUCAAAAUCCUUUGCAAAAAUUGUGUGGUUGUAUUUUCUGUAAUGAUAGGGAUGAUAUGAAAUUAAUGAAUUGUUUUGCAAUCAACAGCCAUUGUUUCAAGUAUGUAUAUCUGCAAAUAAAGUCAUCUAGUAUUA